AUGGCUGCCCGGCAAUCUCCUUUUAACCUCGCGACAUGCGCGCGCAAGAACAUUCUCCAAUUGCAACCCUACCGGUGCGCCCGAGAUGACUACAAAGAUGACGGCACGAACGUCCUGCUGGAUGCGAACGAGAAUGCCUACGGGCCUGGUCUUGCUCUGAACUCCGAAGGCGCGCUUCAAGAGUCCACGGUAACUGGCGGGUCGACUGGCUCGUCCAAACCCGAGAUUGACCUGCUGGGGUUGAAUCGAUACCCGGAUCCUCACCAGAUUGAAUUGAAACAGCUGUUCUGCCAAUUCCGCAACACCCACCACCACACCCAGAAGACCCUCAAGCCGGAAAACCUCUUCGUCGGCGUCGGCUCCGACGAGGCCAUCGACGCCCUGCUGCGAUGUUUCUGCGUACCCGGAAAGGACAAGAUCCUCACCUGCCCUCCCACCUACGGUAUGUACGGCGUCAGCGCGCAGGUCAACGACAUCGAGAUCGUCAAGGUGCCGCUGGACGUGGACCGCGGGUUCCAGCUGCAACCGGAGAAGAUCAACGAGACGCUGGCGGCCGACAGCUCCAUCAAGAUGGCAUACAUCUGCUCGCCCGGCAACCCGACGGCGAACCUGAUCAGCAAGGCGGAUAUCCAGAAGGUGCUGGAGCACCCGACGUGGAACGGCGUGGUGGUGGUCGACGAGGCGUACAUCGAUUUCGCGCCCGACGGGUCCAGUCUGGCCGAGUGGGUGAACGAGUGGCCGAACUUGGUGGUGAUGCAGACGCUCAGCAAGGCGUUCGGUCUGGCGGGCAUCCGUCUCGGCGUGGCGUUCACGAGUCCCCCCAUCGCCACGCUCCUGAAUAGCCUCAAGGCGCCUUACAAUAUCUCCAGCCCCACCAGCGCCCUGGCCACCGCGGCUCUGUCCGAGACGAACAUGGCCGUGAUGCGCCGGUACCGGGAACAGAUCAUCGCGCAGCGCGAGCGUCUGGUGCGCGAGUUGCCGAAGAUCCCUGGCGUGGGCCGCUUCCUGGGCGGGCAGGAGUCGAACUUCCUGUUGGUCGAGCUAUUAGAUAAGAGCGGGAAGCCCAGCAAUGAGAUGGCGUUGGGUGCGUACGAGGCGAUGGCGGAGAAGCGCGGCGUGGUGGUGCGGUUCCGCGGCAAGGAGCUGGGAUGUCUGGGAUGUCUGCGCAUCACAGUGGGCACGGAGAAAGAGGUCACCAAGUUCCUGCAGGAGAUGCGGGUGGUGCUGGAGGGGUUGCUGAACGGGGUGGAUAUCCAAUCGUUGAGAGUUGGGAGCCUUCUUGGAUAG